GUAAUGAGGCAUCACAGCAGUUUUAUAAGAAAUUGUGCUCUCAACUGUCACGCGUUGCAUUUUUUGCAUUUUUUCUUUACAAAUGCACAUAGUGAGAAACCGGAAUAAAAUGUUUGAGAAGCUUAGUACAACACUCACGAUCACUAACGGCAUUCAGUAACAAUCGAAAUCAACAAGAGUACUGUAAGAAUUGUGUGUUCUAUAGCGCAUAACCGCCGCAAUGACAAAUCUAUUAAUAACUUUAAACAAUAUCGACGAUUUGAGAUUGAUACGUGAGCUGUAUAAAUCAUGUGGCAUAACUCAAUUGAUUGGUUAUCAGACGCUUAGUAACUACAUCAACUGGUUCGACAGAGACCCACAACAAAAACAUAUUCAAAUUUACACAUUGCCAGAUGUUUGGAGAAAGAGCGGACUCUAUUUAAUAUUGGAUCGUUAUCAAUUGAUGGUAAAUGCCUUAGAUACUGUCGAAGCUGCCACUGAAUUAAGAACCGCCUUAGUACAACUUGACUGGAGUCGUGGAUAUAAAAUGACGGGCGUGCCGGACAUACAUCACGACACUAUUUUCAAAAUAUUAACAGACUUGAACUUGCACAUCGACAUAGUGCGUCUACAAAUAAUGCUUAUGCCCAGAGCAGAGGCUUUAGAAUUAGAAGUGGGCAUCUCAACGGAGUAUGAAUUCCGUCCGCUAGCACCAGAUGCAGCUGUUAUUGUAGAUAAUAUUUGGUAUUCACGAGCAAAAGGUAGUUUAGAGUUCAUCAAGCGACUUAUUAAGUACAACUAUAAUAUUGGAAUUUAUUUGAAAUCAAGUGGUGAAUUGAUAGGCUGGUGCAUAAGAUGCAAUUUGGGACUGCUCGGCAUGCUACACGUCAAGGAUGCUCACCGAGGGCAUGGACUGGCCGGCGCAAUGGUGCAACUUUUGUCACGGCAGUUUGCUCAGGCCGGCGACGAUGCCUCCACUAUGAUAAGUUAUGGCAAUUCAGCUUCCAUUUCACUAUUCACGAAACUGAAUUUCAAAACUGUCGGCACCACAUACAUUUUUAGAACAAAACGCAACGAAAAUAGCGAGAUAUGGUCCGACGAGCUAGAGGCAAAGGAGCAAUAAAAUAAUUUAAAAAAAAGACAACAAAUUAGAUAAAUUUACUUGUAUUUAUUUAUCUUUUACGAGCUGUCACUUACAAACUACCGUUUUUAGAACAAAUAGUUGUGCAUAAUAAAUAAAUUUACUUUUA